CCCCCCCGCCCCCCGCACCUCAUCCCGCGGGUCCAUGGAGCGGACGGCGGCCUCGCAGCUCAUGCCGUCCUCCUGUCAGUACCUGCUGGAGAGCCGGCCGCUUCCUUACAACAGCGACGGCGGCUCCCCGGCUUCGUCCCCGGACAGCAGCGGCGGCGGCACCACAAACGGAGGCGGGGGGAAAGGCGUCGCCAAGCCGGUGAAGCGGCCGAGGUCGAGCUCGCCCGAGCUGCUGCGCUGCAAGCGGCGCCUGAGCUUCACGGGUCUGGGCUACUCGCUGCCGCAGCAGCAGCCCGCGGCGGUCGCGCGGCGCAACGAGCGCGAGCGGAACCGGGUCAAGCUGGUCAACCUGGGCUUCCAGACCCUGCGGCAGCACGUGCCGAACGGCGCGGCCAACAAGAAGAUGAGCAAGGUGGAGACGCUGCGCUCGGCCGUCGAGUACAUCCGAGCGCUGCAGCAGCUGCUGGACGAGCACGACGCCGUGUCGGCCGCCUUCCAGUGCGGCCUGCCCUCGCCCACCCUAUCCCCCAGCUACUCCACCGACCUCAACUCCAUCCCCGCGUCGCCGCUCUCCACCUACUCCUCGGAUGAAGGAAGUUACGAGGCCCUGAGCCCCGAGGAGCAGGAACUUCUCGACUUCACCAGCUGGUUUGACAGGUACUGAAGCAGAUGUUUGAAGGGAAGCAUACCAAUACCUCUGCGUCACCAUUUCUGUCUAACAAGAGAUCAGAGCAAAGGAGAGAAGGAUGGCGCGUUUCUGUUUACCAAGAGUUUCGUUUCACUGCCAGCCUCCUGAGUGCUGAACACCGGGGACCACAGACUACUCAGGAAAACACAUUUUGAAGAUGCUUCCAAGAGAAAGCCACGAACAAUUAUAACUGAAGUGCAAUUAUGUAAAUAGCUCUCCCCCGUGAAUGGAGGGGACCAUGGAGAGCGGACUGACAGGGUACAGUCCUUGCGAUGCCUGUCUGAAAGGGGUAUUCUACAAUUUUUUGUGUAGCUAAUAUAGCUGUUAAAGGGUGUGGUAUUAAAAGGGAAUGUCUGAGUGGCAUAAAAGACAUCCGUCUGUCACAUACGUAUAUACCCUGUCGCCUUUGGGAGUCAAUUUAUAGAAAACUAACUUUAUACUGGGGUUUAGAGUGGAGAAGAAAACUACUUGAUGCUUCCGUACUUUGAAAUACUUUUUUUUCAUUCCAAUUGAUGUAAACAUUUCUAUUUUGUAUCUAUUCUUACUACAAGGAUUAUAUGAAGACUUAUUUUUGUAUAUAAAUGAAAGCAGAAUAAAAACGAGCAGUCCAAUAAAAUCAAGAUCAUUAACAUGACUUACUCCAACACUGCCACUAGCACAGUGUCAAAGAGUGCAAGAACAAAACAAUCCUUUUCUCCAUUGAAAUCUCAUUGUCAAUGAUGCUUAUCUAUGGUGUGCCUUGCAUUUCAUUUAUUGUAAUCUUGUUCUGCAGAGUUACCUAUCCGUUACCCUCCCCCAAUCCUUUCCGGUCUGAUUGAAGGUUGUUUUGAUGCAUGGGAAACACCAUGUAUGUGCACUUGCUGUGGUUACCUUGUUUGUUUUUACUAAACUUGUAUAUAAACAAUUUUUUAAAAAAGUAU